UUAUAUGUAGUUUGAAUUAACUUAAAAUGAAUUACGUUCUUAUUAAGAGAAAUAUGACAAAGUGAUGAACGCAAAAGUUGCUCUUGAUUUUAAGAAAACUAAAAAAAUAAUAAUGGGCUAAUUUUCUAUUACAGAUGCAUAAGCUAAUUCAAUUUUAAAAAAAGUAUUCUCUCAAUAAAACUCAGAUGAGUUAAAUAGAGAAGGAUUCUUUACAACCCUUAGGUAUAUUUAAUGUUUGCAAAAUAAAGUGGAUAUUGAAACUUGUAAUAUAAAUACAAUUAAAUUACAAUUUCCACUCAGAGUCAAUAGUAAACAGAACUUAAAGAAAUCAUUUUAGCCUCCUUCACCUGAAGAUUUGUUAGAAAAAUCAAUGAUAGAAAAAUCAAUGAUUGCUUUAAAAAAUUUAGAAAAUUUAGUCAAAGAACCAAGAAGCUAAAUUUUAUCAUAAAUAAAGGAAAAUCCAAAUAAAUAAAUUGAUAAAAAAACAGAAGAAAUAAAAAUAUUAGAGAAUAAUUCAAUAGAAAAAGUUGUUUUAAUAGAGUAAAGUAAUGAAAUAGAGUUAAAUGAUGAAAAAAUUGAUUAAAAAUCAUAGAAAAAUAAUCUAAAAGAAAAAGAUAAAAUAGAUUAAUAAAUUAUAUAAAAUAAUAAUACAAAAGAGAAUCAAUAAUUUGAUUAAAGAGAAUAAAAUCAAAUUGAUUAAUAUUAAAUUGAUAGAUAAUGUAACUAUUCUUCGGAUACAUUUGGUAUUCCAUAAACAUUUGGGGAUCCUAAAAUAUUUGGUGAUCCUAAAAUAUUUGGUGAUCCUAAAAUAUUUGGGGAACCUUUCAUUAAUUAAUAGUUUAAUGAAGAGAAUGAAGGUGAAAAACCAAUAACUAAACAGAUUUAAGAAAUUAAACCAGACAUAAUUGAAAUUGGAGAUGAUGAAGAAGAAUUUAUCAAGAGAGAUGAAACAAAAGAUAUAUAUGUAUGGAUUUCAGGUUACUAAUCUCUUAAAGAUGGACCAUUUUCUCAAACUUAUUACGCAUAUACAGUUUGUUCAGAAAUCCGUAGUGAUUAAUUUUAAGGAACAUAUACAAAAAACUAAGUUAAUAGAAGAUAUACAGAUUUUAUUAUGCUUUAAUAAUAUUUUACUAAAUCUAAACUUGGAGAUAUUAUCCCUAGUUUACCAGAAAGGGAAGGUGUAAUUGCAAGUAUAAUGAAUAUGGUUGUGGAAAAUCAAUAAUUUAUUUCUUAAAGGUAAGAAUAAUUAUAACUAUUUUUAAACUAUCUAACUAAAUAUAAAGAAGAUUAAAUUUUUAGAUAUUUUUUAACCUAAAAUAAGAAAUUUGAUGAAAUCUUGAAAGAACUUAGAUAUAAUAAAGGUGACAAUUAGGAUGAUGAGACAUUUUUACCAGAUCCUGAUGAAUUUACAAGAAAAUAGAAAUUAAAGGAAAUGAUUGUUGGAAAAUCAUUAUCGGAUGUUCUUGACUAUUUCAAAGGAGAAAAAGAAAUAGAAGCCAAAUUUUAGGAAGAAUAUAGAUAAGUUUAAUAACAUUAUAAAAACCUUGAAAAUAAAAAGUUAGAAUUAAGUAAAUUCAAAUAAUGCUUAAUAUAAUUUUAUGAGCCUAUUGAAAAAUUUAGUUCUAGUAAUUAGUUAUAACCAACAUCUAUCAUUUCUGAAGAGAAUAUUAAAUUUGUUUAAGAAACUUAGAAGUUAUUUUAAUCUAAUUGUAACUGUUUAAAUAUAAUUAGAUACAAAACAUUAAAAUUUAGUAAUGAACUAAGUUACCUAAAUAGAAUUUCAAUUAAAUAGUUUAACUUAUAGUUAUGAGCAAAUAUAGAAGCAAAUUUACAAAUGGUUUGCUGAAAAGAAAAGAUUAAGAGAGGAAAAAAUAUCAAAUAAGUAUAUUAUCUGUACUUAUUUUUAGAUAAGAAAUAUAAAAGAAUGAUAACGAAGAGGGAAGAUUAUAGUAUGUUAUUUCUAAGACUAAUGAGACUUUGAUAAAAUUGGUGAGUUAAAUAACAGAGGAUCUAAAAAGUUUAUUAUAAGUCUUUGUAGAGCAAUUAACAUAGAAUUGA